CCGCGGUGUACACAUUCGAUCAUUUCGAUGUGUCAAAUCGACACAUUUUGGACGUAAUUUUAAUCUUCAGUGUAAAUUUUUAAACAUUGAAAAAAGUGUUUUUAACAUUAAUUAAUGAAAGUUUCAUUAAACAAAAUAGUGCAAUAGUUAUUAAAUGGGAGUCAAAAAGUAAUGUAAACAAUUUGCCCGUAUACAUUGUGCGUAAAGUGUUAGAAAAGUGAAAUAACUUCGAGAACUUAUAACAUAUAAAUGUGAUCCAGAAACCGUGAAUAAAUGUUAAUUUAAUGAUGGAAUUACGUGAUGUACCAGAUAGCAGCAUAUUAUCUUCAUCUUCCUUUGCUACGCAGAAUCGCAUACAGAAUGGGAUACCACUUUUACUGAUUUCUUUUCGUAGUCAAAGCAAUAGUUUCAGAAAACAUUCAAGUAAUGUGAAUAGUCAUCCAGAAUCAUUGCUACAAUCAGUUCAAUAUUCGGAAUAUCCAGAACAUCAUUCUUAUCAAUCAAAUAUAUAUCAUCACAUUAGAAAUCCUGCAUCUGAGAACGUUCAUGAACAUAAUAGUGUAAAAAUCAUUAAGUCGUGGCCGGAAGAUACAUUUUACACAUUAUUUGCAGCAACUUUCACAUUUGUUGGUGUUCUCAUAGCAGUAGUGUGGAUAAUUAUUUGGCUUAGAAAUAACAUUUGGCGUAGAAGAGAAAUAUCGACGAAGACAAGUAACAUUAAAGAACAUUUUACAAAGAUGGAUGAAAAUAAAGACAAGCUUCGGGAAGCAUCUAAAGUGAAUACAUGUUUACAAAUAACCAUUACAGAUACAGAAUCACAUGAUUUACUAGUCGAGGAUACAUUGACUGCAGAAAAUGAUAUAGCUCGAGACAAAAUAACAAGUCGUCAUAUGAAUAUGCGUCAAUUAGAGACUUCACAACAGACGAUCAAACAGAAUUGCCAAGAGAAAAAAAUAAAUAAAAAAACUCGAAAACAAAUAAUAAAAACGGAAAAUGUGAUCAUAGUAAAUGUUGGUGAAAAAGAUGGGGAAUGUUCAUUUUCUCGUUUAAAACUCCGUAAAAACAAACAUGUAGAUGCUGAGGUCGAGGAAAUAAGAGCAAAAGAUUCCGAUCAAACCUUAGCCUCAAUAAAAAAUGAAAUGCAUUCAAGAGAACAAAUGUUAGAUCAAAAGUUAGAAGAUAAUUUUGAAAAGCACUCAGAGAUUAGCUAUGAAUGUGAUAAAGAUUCUUCAAAUAAUUCAGAUACGUCGUCUUCCUUUACCUUUAUACCACCUCCAACACCGUCAUCCAUUUCGUCAUCUGUAAUUUCGUCAGCUGUUAACAUUACACCGAACACUAUCAUGGGAAGUUUUAACAGUGCUUGUGAAGUCAGUCAACAGUUCACGUUUUCACCUAAACUGGUGAAUGAAUAUAAAUCUGAAAAAUCAUCUGAUAACCAGAAAAUUGUUGGAAUCGGUUCAAAGACCGCAAAUUCAUAUUACCGUUUUCCUGAUGUGGACACCUUCACUCCUCCUUCUAUUCAAUAUGAUGAAAAACCCUCGAAAAGAAUAUCUCUUAUUUAUCCUUGCAUUUCGCCAAAACAUCUUAAGCAAAAUGAUGCGUCAAAUUAUCUGGUACAACAGGUAGAUCAGACGACGUUCAACAAUAUUCAUGAGAUAACUGAACAAUCGAAUCAUCUUGCUCAAAAUAGUGCCUGUCUAAGUGAUCGAGCAUCAAGGCGAGCCCGGCUGAAGUCUAUUUCUCUAGACUCGGAAGGAGCCCGAUUAGUAGAAGAAAACCUGUCUUCUGGUAUUCCCGUGGAGGAGUUGGUAGAAAGAGCAGCAAACCAGGCGCAUUAUUCAUCUGCAGAAAACCAGUCGCAGCCAACUGAAAUGGCUGCUAGUAGCAGUUCUGCAUCCUGCAGAAAGCAACGAAAUAUCUUGAAUCUAAAAUUGAAUUUAAAUGAUAAAGAUAAGACAUUACCGGUUGAUGAAGAGUACAGACUAAAUGAUUUCUUUUUCGAAUACUAUGAUUACGAUGACGAAGAAGACACCGAGGGUAGAGUUAAAUUGAACCGUGGUGCAGCUUACACUGAAAAACAUCCAAAUCAGUUCUCUCAGAGGCUCCAACCAAAGACACCCACCUUGAACCUGACACGCGAGAAAGCCAACUCCCUCGAUUCAGAACAAUAUCUGAAUUAUCUUUUACCUACAACAAAUCAGACGUUGUAUGGAUCCGAAAAAGAAGAACAAGAGCUUUCAAGCAAAUCUUCUACGACGUCAAUUCGCGUUUCUUCACUAUCGGUUCCAACUACACCGAAACGACAGUUCCAUAGGUUACCACAUCAGCAACAGCUGGUUUUUGGCAAAUCCAAACAGAACGGAAAUAUCAAUGACAACUGUUCUGUCGUCUCCAACAGCCCAUCAUCGGAUCGGUAUUUACUAAGCGGGUUUAAGCAUAGGCUUUGCAGUUUUGAUGAAAAGACCUGCGUAUAUAACAAUCAAAUGGUUACCGAAGCUGAAAGUUUAUCAUCGAGCAUUCGAAUAUUAUCGAAUGAUCAAAGUGUCACAAAUUUGAGAUCAAGACAAGUUUUUUCCAGUAGUUUCACUGAUAGACAGCUGAAGACGAUAUCAAUAGACAAUCCCAACAAGAACAGAUCCAGUAUUCUACAAAGAAGAGGCUCAAACCACAGUCUAACAUUAAACUUAGAAGCAUCCUCAACUUUGAAUAAAGGGCUUUCAGCAUCUAAUUUUAGCUUGGGAAACCAUAAAGGAUCUUAUCAUAACUUGGUCAGUUCUUCAAGUAAUCUAAACCAUCAUCAGUCAGAUCAACAGUCAAGCCAUCAACAGCGACCUCUAAACGUAAAAACAAAAAAAAACCUUUUGCAGCGGCGUGGUUCCAACACAAGCCUUGUAUUGAACUUGCAAGGUUCUACCAACAGUCUGAACCGAUACAACAGUCACAACUCUCUAAAUAUUCAUAAUCAACCCAACAAUCGCCCGUUGAAGAAAGGACUUAUCGAGAGAAGAAAUUCGAAUACAAGCUUGACUUUGUUCAACGAACAAAAUCCUGCGUUAUCAGUUUCCAACUGCAACCUUCCCGGGUCAAACUGUAGCUUAAAUAGCAUGGUCACAUACCAUACGCAAAACGAUGGUCUGAUGUUGGAAGAAGACGAACAUCAAGUAGCUUCUAACAAUAACCAAUCGAAUUAUUGUGGAAGAGUAGAUUCUAAUGCAACUAACGAAUCCCACUUAUCAUUAAGCUGUGCACAACAUUCUUCACGAAGAAAAUUUCUCAGCUCUGAUAGCAUUCACAAUAUUGCUCGUUCUAGAGCUUUAUGCUGUUGUCAGCAAGAAGUGAGCAACGUAAAAAAUCUGCGUAUCUCACAUAAUCGAGAUAUUGAUGAUUCAUGUAGUGGAUCCAUUCAAAAAUCUGAACCACCCAUUAAAUCAUUCAGUAAUGAGUGUGGAUGUUCAAUAAAUACUCAUACAGAAGCAACUACAAGUAGCAUGUUUACAUUAAAGUCUGCAACGGCAUCCACCAACAAUUUGGCCCAGUACAAUAAUUGUGAAUGUUUUCGUUGUAAUUGUACGUACGCGUUGUCAGAUGGGGUAAAUUCUAUGAAUAUAUGUAACGCAAAUGUUCGUAAAAUAACAACUAAGCCAUUGAGCCCACAAACAACUAGUGAGGACUUUAAAAUAUAUUUGGCAAACAUUCAGUUUCUUCAAAAUGCAUCUAAUUUUCUGUCGGCAAACUAUAUGAAAAACCUACACCAUAUAUUCAAAGGCAGCUACGGCAGUUAUGAUAAAUCGCAAGAUGCAAAUGUACUAACAGGAGAAAAUAAUGAUGUAAAGCUAACUAAUUUGUCAAUUGUUAGAUUAUCUCCAAAUACUGACAGAGCCAACAAUAGCGAUACAGAUGAAAAGCAAAAGAAAAUGAUUCUUAAAAUUCAUCAAGAGUUUUGGGAUCUGCCAACAAAUUACCAAGAAAAACCAUUGGUGUUUGGCUCACAAUCGAAGAAUCGAUACAAAACUAUUUUACCAAAUGAACAUUCACGUGUCAUUUUAAGUACGGAACCUGACAGUUUGGCUGAACCGUAUAUCAAUGCAAAUUACAUUAAGGUAACAAACAUAUUCUGAUCUGAUCCUGCCGGAAACCAUGCGUCCCCGUGUGGUCCCGCGUGGCUUCCGUAAAACCCACGGAAGCAGCCACGUACUCGUACUCCACAAACCCACGUUGUCUCGUACUCCGGUAAACAUCAAUCCGUCGGAGAUCCAAGAUCGUCGCCAAGGUGUCACAUCCGGGUUUUGAACAGCUCGUCGAGGAGCAAAAGUCCAACACGGCAAAGAUGCUGCCACGGCCGCCUCAGAAGAAUACCAACAUUCAAGCCGGAAACUGCGGUCAAGGCAAAUCCCGAAGGAAGCCAAGUUGGAGAAGAAUCGGCGAUCCGCAAGUAAAAUUAAGUGA